AUGGCCGAAGAACAGAAGAACGUCGAGGUCCUCAAGGACACCAAGGUCGAGGAGACCACCCCUGCUGUUGAGGCUCCCAAGGUUGAGGCUGUUGCCGAGACCAAGGUCGAGGAGACCCCUGCUCCCGCAGUAGAGACCGCUGCUGCCACCACGACCGAGGAGAAGGCCACCGAGGAGGCCAAGCCCGCCGAGGAGACUAAGGCUGAGGAGAAGAAGGAGGAGGUCAAGCCCGUCGAGGAGGGCCACUUGGGACACAAGGCCCAGGGCCUGAGCUUCCCCAAGAACUUGAUUGCCAGCAAGGAGUUUUUCUUCUUCGGCGCUGAGGCUUUCGAGGCCAAGGCUCUUGCCGCCUACAAGCGAACCGAGAAGUCUGCUGAGACCGCCCACGCCAACAUUGCAUGGGCCACCGAGACCGCCAAGGGUCUUCUGUUCAUUGGUGACAAGAAGGCCCCUACCGGCAUCAUCAACCUGUCUGACGCUUCUGAGCCCGAGACCGAUGGCACCCACAAGUUCACCCUGACCUCCAAGGGUAACAAGCACAGCUUCAAGGCUACUUCUGCUGCUGAGCGUGACAACUGGGUCGCCCAGCUGAAGCUCAAGAUCGCCGAGGCCAAGGAGCUUGCCACCACCGUCACCGAGUCUGAGACCUACAAGAAGACCCUGGAGAGCUUCAAGCCCGCUCCUGUCAAGAAGGAGGAGAAGCCUGUUGAGGCUGCUAAGACCGAGGAGGCCCCCAAGACUGAGGAGGCCAAGACUGAGGAGACUCCCGCUGCCGCUGCCGAAGAGGCCAAGCCUGAGGAGGUCAAGCCCGAGGAGAAGGCCGAGAAGAAGGCCGAGUCUCCCAAGCCCGCCAACAAGAAGCGAUCUUCUUUCUUCGGCUUCGCUGGUUUCAACAGCAAGAAGGAGGAGUCCAAGGAAGAGAAGAAGGAGGAAAAGAAGGAAGAGGUCAAGGCCGAGGAGGCUAAGCCUGAGGAGACCCCCGCCGUUGAGGAAACCAAGGCUGAGGAGACUCCCGUCGUCGCUGCUGAGACCAAGCCAGAGGAGACUCCCGCCGUCGCUGCUGAGGAGGCUAAGCCCGAGGAGGCCAAGCCUGUCGAGAGCCCCAAGGACAAGGCUUCCAAGCGCAACAGCUUCUUCGGCAAUGUCUUCUCCAAGAAGGACAAGAAGGCCGCUGAGCCCAAGGCCGAUGAGGCUGAGUCUCCCAAGGAGGUUGCUGCUACCACUGAGUCUGCUCCCGUUAUCCCUCCUGUCGAGUCUACCACCCCUCUUGCUGUCGAAGUGAGCUCCCCCGCCACUGUCCCUACUGAGACGACUGAGACCACCGCUGCCGUCGCUUCUCCCACCAACGGCGAGCCCCGCAAGGACGCCAAGGAGAAGCGCAAGUCUUCCAUCCCCUUCCUCGGCAAGCGCGAGAAGUCACCCUCCGGUGAGGGUGAGGAGAGAUCCAAGAGCCCCUUCUCCAAGCUCCGUGCCACCAUCAAGGGCAAGACCUCUCACAAGACUGAGGAGAAGCCUGCUGAGGAGGCCGUCAAGGAGGAGCCCGCCGCUGAGGAGGCUAAGGCUGCCGAGGCCAAGCCCGAGGAGACCAAGGCUGAAGAGACCAAGGCUGAGGAGGUCAAGGAGGAGGCUAAGCCUACGGAGACCAAGCCCGAGGCUGUUGCCGCUCCUGCUCCUGUCCCCGCCGCCGCUUAG